AUAAAUAAAGGGGGAGGCAGACCCAAGAAAUUUGGGAGCUUAGUUUGUGGUGGAAAGGAAGAGAAACCCCAGAAAAGAAAAGAUGUCAGUGGUAUCACUCCUCAAUUCUUGCUCAUCAACAACAUGUGCACUGUGGAAAUUGAAGAACCCAUUAACAUCAUGGAAAGAGCUGAGACCCAGCAGCAGGAACGGUGUUCGAUUGGGUAAUUAUCAUUCUACGAAUUGGAUUAACAAAAAUGGAUUUAAAGUGAAAGCUUUCUUCAAUCCCACCGAUGAUCCCAUUAUCAAACAAGCUCUUAAGGAGCCAGUUUCCUUCAUGGGUGGGAUGUUUGCCGGUCUCUUAAGGCUUGAUUUGAAUGAAGACCCACUCAAGGAAUGGGUUACACGGACUGCGGAAGCCUCCGGAAUUGUAGAGGAAGAAAUUGAUGCUGAUGCUGAGGGAUCAAAAACUGACGAAGUUCCACAACAAAUUGAGAUUGAAUGACACUUGCCGUGGUUCUGUCUGUAUACUAAGACUCAAAUAGUUGAUUGAUAAUUGAUGUUUAACUUGCACACAACACAAUAAUGAUCAUUCAAAAUGUUCUGCUUAGAUGAUAUGCAAUCUGUAAUACUCUGACUUUGAUGUGUAUCUCUCUUUUCUUGGGUUAGUUGCAUAUAGCACAAGAAGCCUGAAAGUAUCAACACCUA